CCAACUCCAGCGACACCGAGCGUGACUGAGAGAGAAACAGUCUUCUUCUGUACCCGCACACCGCUGAGAUAGACAUAUGUCUACUGCGAAUAGUCCUCCUUUUCCUCUGGCUGACUACUCUUCUUCAGCGACUAAUGCAUCGCCCGUACUGCUCAUCUAAUCCUCCCACCUUCAUGGCCUCGUGCUAUAAAUAGAAUCGGCGCAUUCUGGAGCCUCGAACCCUCAACAACAACAUUCUCUCAAUCUCAGCUGCUGAACACCCUCCAUAGCCAAUUGCAUCGACAUCGCAAGACCAACCAGGCGGCAUCGCAUCCUUCAUUUUUGUCCAUUACUCGACAAGCGCCUGCUACUCUUCACACCUUGCCUGCCCGCGCUGUUGCUUUCCACAACCAAUUCAAGUACCCACGAUUGCCUCGAUAGCCGCCGACGGUCUCCUCGUGCCUCCAAGCGCGCAUCCGCAUUGAAAGCAGUCCAUCCCGCCUCUUGGACCAUUCUUUCUGCGUCGUGACCGUUGGUGGCCGGUCCUCCUGUUCCUCUUCGACCAUGGCUACCAUCACAGCCUCCCCUCCCACAAUGUCACCGCCUCUGACCGCAGCCACCGCAAACACUCCUAUUCUGCCCCCUCUAAUAACGACGACAACACCUACGCCGCGAAGGGCGAGCUCGCAAAGACCAACCUCCUACGUUGAAAGACGAAUGUCCUCCUUCUCGAACCAUUCGAAAGCCUCCUACCAACCGCAGUCUCGGCCGGUCUCUCACGUCUUUCCCGUUUUUCACUCGAGCCUCCCUUAUAGUCUAGUCCGAGAUUUCGCGUAUUUACCCACACAUCCUUUACAUUAUGGGCCGCCUCCGAAUCAGUCGGGCAUGUCGACACCGGUUAGCGAGUCCAGAAGACUAUCCGACCCUACCAUGUCGUCGUGGGAAGAGGGUAGAGGACAGUGGUCAGCAACGCCGCCAUGGAUGGCAGAAACAAGUACCGCUUCUUGGAGUCGAGAUAGGCUACCCGCAAUGGCAUUUAAAGACGAUGGGCCUCCUUACAGCGAAGAUGAUGACAUUCAAUCACCAAUUGUGACCACAAGCAGACAUAAAAGGCAUAAAUCAAACGACCGAGGAAGAUCGCCUGGAGACGCGGGACCCCACCGCGGCUUUCUGAUGGAAGCUAUUCACCCGGAUGAGGUGGAUGGACCUGGUGAGGCUGUAGAAACGUACGACAACAACGUGCUACGAUUUCCUGGUCAGCCACAACAUCGAGACUCCAAUUUUGCCAAACCAAUACAAAGAAAUCCAUCGCCACUACAAGCCCAAGAGCCCAUGUCCGAAGACGAUUACUCGGAACCUGAAGACGACACCCGCUUUUCCAAAGACUACUCCUUUACCAUUGCCAGUCCGGAUGAGGAAAUGCAUGGAAAGGCCGUCGCAUUAUUCGACUUUGAGAGCGAACAUCAAAACGAGUUGCCCCUGAAAGAGGGUCAGAUAAUACUGGUGUCAUACCGACACGGCCAAGGCUGGCUGGUGGCAGAAGAUCCCAGGACCGGCGAGAGUGGGCUAGUACCGGAAGAGUUUGUCAGACUCGUGAGAGACAUCGAGGGUGGUUUGCAUGGCUUGAACUCGGUAACCCUCGAUGAUGGCCUUGACGCUGUUACGAGUCCAGUAUCGACAGAUCCCAGUUCGCUCAACACACCCGUACCGAACAACCAUGACUUCCCCUCGGAAAAGCCGACAAAUGGUGGAUACUCUGGCGCGAAGCAUCCGCCAGUUCAAUCGAAAUUCAGCACUAGCAGUCGUGACUUCGGCCACUACCCUCUACCAGGGAAAAGCGAGGAGAACGUUUCCGUGACAACGGUACAAGCGCCCAGCCGGGAAGACGGCGAUGAUAGCGACGCAAGCUGACCUUUGGAUACUGACGGUGUGGAAGGAAGCUUCCGCAGCGGCUGAAGACUAUUAUCUAAAGUAUUCCUUAAUGUGUUGUAUGAUCGAUGCGGUGAUGACGGACAUGGAAGAUAUCCAUUUGGACAUGAAGAGACACCUUUGGCGAGACCUUCUGGACUCCCAACUGGAAAGAUGCAGAUACAAUACAAUAUCUUUGUCCAUGGAAGACAUGGACGUCCUACGCAUGUCUGUUCAGAUGGAUCUCGUUUCCGACUUGUCAUCUGUUGUAAUAUACUUUGCGACCAAAGACAUGGACGGCCCGCUCCGACGGGUGUAGAAUCCUAAUACGAGCUGGAC